AUGGCCGAAGCUUCGCCCCAGGUGGUGGAGAUCGACCCGGACUUCGAGCCGCUGCCCCGGCCGCGCUCGUGCACCUGGCCGCUGCCCAGGCCGGAGUUCAGCCAGGCCAGCUCGGCCACGUCCAGCCCGGCGCCGUCGGGCGGCGCGAGCGUCGCCAACCCGGACGCCGCCGCCCUCGGCCUGCCCUCCGCCUCGGCCGCCGCUGUCGGCGCCGACUUCAUGAGCAACCUGAGCCUGCUGGAGGAGGCCGGGGACUUCCCGCAGGCGCCCGGCUCCGCGGCGGCGGCGGCGGCGGUGGCGGCGGCGGCGGCAGCGGCGGCGGCCGCCACCGCCGGCGGAGGGCUGUGCGGGGACUUCCAGAGCCCCGAAGCCGGCUGCCUGCACCCUGCGCCGCCGCAGCCCCCCCAGGCCCUGGCGCAGCACCCGCCCGUGCCCCCGGGGGCCGCUGCCGGAGCCGGCGCCGGCGGCGGGCCGCUGUCCGGCCAGCCGCGCAAGAGCAGCUCGUCCCGCCGCAACGCGUGGGGCAACCUGUCGUACGCCGACCUCAUCACCAAGGCCAUCGAGAGCUCGGCCGAGAAGCGGCUCACGCUGUCGCAGAUCUACGAGUGGAUGGUCAAGAGCGUGCCCUACUUCAAGGAUAAGGGCGACAGCAACAGCUCCGCCGGCUGGAAGAAUUCAAUUCGUCAUAAUCUGUCUCUACAUAGCAAAUUUAUUCGUGUGCAAAAUGAAGGGACUGGAAAAAGUUCUUGGUGGAUGCUCAAUCCAGAGGGAGGCAAGAGUGGAAAAUCCCCCAGGAGAAGAGCAGCGUCCAUGGACAACAACAGUAAAUUUGCUAAGAGUCGUGGCCGAGCUGCCAAGAAAAAAGCAUCCCUUCAGUCUGGUCAGGAGGGUGCUGGGGACAGCCCUGGAUCACAGUUUUCUAAGUGGCCUGCAAGCCCUGGCUCGCACAGCAACGAUGACUUUGACAACUGGAGUACAUUUCGCCCUAGAACUAGCUCCAAUGCUAGUACUAUUAGUGGGAGACUUUCCCCCAUUAUGACCGAACAGGAUGAUCUUGGAGACGGGGAUGUGCAUUCAAUGGUGUACCCGCCUUCAGCUGCAAAGAUGGCUUCUACUCUGCCUAGCCUGUCUGAGAUCAGCAAUCCUGAAAACAUGGAAAACCUUCUGGAUAAUCUUAACCUUCUCUCAUCACCAACAUCAUUAACUGUUUCAACCCAGUCUUCACCUGGCAGCAUGAUGCAGCAGACACCAUGCUAUUCCUUUGCACCACCAAAUACUAGUCUGAAUUCACCUAGCCCAAACUACCAAAAAUACACAUACGGCCAAUCCAACAUGAGCCCUUUGCCUCAGAUGCCUAUGCAAACACUUCAGGACAAUAAAUCAAGUUAUGGAGGUAUGACUCAGUAUAACUGUGCACCAGGGCUCUUGAAAGAGUUACUUACUUCAGACUCUCCUCCCCAUAAUGACAUCAUGACCCCAGUUGAUCCUGGAGUGGCCCAGUCCAACAGCCGAGUCCUCAGCCAGAAUGUGUUGUUGGGCCCCAAUCCAGUCAUGCCAUCUUAUGGUAGCCAGGCAUCUCAUAACAAAAUGAUGAAUCCUAGCUCCCACCCCCACCCUGGACAUGCUCAGCCAGCAUCUGCAGUCAGUGGGCGUGCCUUGGCCCAUGUGGUGAACACCAUGCCCCACACCUCGGGCAUGAAUCGCUUGGCCCCUGGGAAGACAGCUUUACAAGUGCCUCUGCCCCACCCCAUGCAGAUGAAUGCUCUGGGGGGUUACUCCUCUGUGAGCAGCUGCAAUGGUUAUGGCAGGAUGAGCAUUCUCCAGGAGAAGCUCCCAAGUGACUUGGAUGGCAUGUUUAUUGAGCGCUUGGACUGUGACAUGGAAUCCAUUAUUCGGAAUGACCUCAUGGAUGGAGAUACGUUGGAUUUUAAUUUUGACAAUGUGUUGCCCAACCAAAGCUUCCCACACAGUGUCAAGACAACCACACAUAGCUGGGUGUCAGGCUAA